GGUUUUCUUACGUAUCCAGAGUUUGUUCCUAGGCGCGUGGAGUUGGUGUAGCGAUGCCGAGUCUGGUUUCAGAGGAACGCGAUGUAGAAAAUACAGUUCUCCGCACAAGGCUUCUUUUGGAGUCGUUCUGCCCCACUUCCCACGCCCGUUGUAUCUACGCAGUGCAAUUGGAGGCAAUUUUAUUCUGGGAGCAUUCUAGAGUUAGUAAGGUGACAGGCUAGUAGCCUGUGCACAGUUCCCACUGUGUUCUGUAGUACAUAACGUAAACAUAUAAGUUUGCAUUUUGAGGCAUCCAAAAGUUGAGGGUCCACUCUAAAGAUACUUAUGUUCUACUCUUCUGCUCAGUAUGUUUACUUAGAAGUAGAUACCACAAAUUCCAGUGGCACUUUCUCCCUAGUUUUUGAAAAAUCUAAAUUUUUUGGAAGAGGACUUGCAUUUUCAGCACUGUCUUACCUGGCAUACAAAACAUAUAUAUUAAUCUCUCAAUCUGUUGUGGUUCAUGCUGAUGUCCAAGUGGAUGAACUCCUAGACCAAGCAGACUAUCUGUAUGGGAGCGGUGAAACUGAAAAACUUUGGCAGUUGCUGAAUCAACACAAAAACAGCAAGAAUGCUCAGGUGCUGUGGCGCCUGGCACGAGCAUCACGAGACCUAGCUCAUCUUAGUCAUACUUCUGCAGAGAAAAAGAAGCAGUUGACCUAUGAAGCCCUUGAGUAUGCAAAGGCGGCUCUUGAAAAAGAUUCUUCGUGUUUUAGUGUGCACAAGUGGUAUGCUAUCUGCAUCAGUGAUGUUGGAGAUUAUGAAGGAAUAAAGACAAAAAUUGCCAAUGCAUUUGUUAUUAAGGAACACUUCCAGAAAGCAAUCGAACUGAAUCCGAAGGAUGCUACAUCACUCCAUCUUAUGGGCAUUUGGUGUUACACAUUUGCUGAAAUGCCAUGGUAUCAGAGCAAAAUAGCUGCAAUUUUAUUCUCAACACCACCAAGUUCUACCUAUGAAGAGGCUUUACGUUACUUUCAGAAAGCUGAAGAUGUUGAGCCAAAUUUCUACAGUAAAAACUUACUGUUUUUGGGAAAAACAUAUAUGAAGUUAAACAACAGAAAAAUGGCCCUUCUGUGGUUAACAAAGGCCAAAGAUCGGCUGUCACACACAGAGGAGGAUAAGCAGGUACAGAAAGAAGCAUUGGAGUUGCUAAAUUCUUUGUGACAAGAUUGCUGAAUGUGUGUGAAUUGCUGUAAUAUACUGAUCAGCAAGUUAAAAGAAUAAAUAGCCUUUCACUCUGAAGGAACUGAGCUUUAGACAAAAAAUACCAGGACAUACAUGAUGAUCCAGAAUGUCUAGAUAUAUUUCUGUGUGUAUCUCUAAACAGAAUUAAUGCACAAAGUGUGUUCCAAAAGCAGUUAUGCACUUGACAGGAUUUCUAAAACAAUUCUGUAUUUUGGUUCUCAGAUUCUACCUUGCUUACUUGAACUAAAGUCUCUAUUCAGUAAGAGCCUGAUUAUUAUAUUAGGCUCUUUGUCCUCCAUUUCAUAACUAAGAAUCUCUUUUCUUCUGGAAGAUCCCUAAGAGGCUAAACUUUUAUUUACUUCUCCCACCUUUGGAGAUUGUUAACUCCUAGAGGUGCUUCAUUUUUCUUGGAUUACCUUAAUGGAGCUUCUUGACUUCUGUCAAGGUUAACUGCAGUUUUCCAUAGAUUCUAUAGGAAUAUGGUCUGUCGUCUUAGAGAAGUCCAAAUUUCUGUUCAAAGGGUGCCUUAUCUCUUUCAAACACCUCCAUGGAUGGAGUGCAGCACCAUUAAACACAUGGGCCAUUUAACUGUCCCUUGCUGUUUUGUAAGAAAAGUUACCCUUUCUUAGGGACUGGCCACGUUAUGGAACUUAAGCCAGCCUUUUGUGCUGGGAUACUGAUUUUUCUGAUAGCUGAUUGUCAUAAUGAGCCAGGUAAAAAGCAGAUAACUUUUACCAGGGCAUAUAGAUCUGAUUUGUGUACACACCUUUUACAUACACUAUUAUCUGGAUCCUAGUGCCACCUGUAAUACAAAAUAUACAGUAUAUCACAGAA